GGCCCCGAGGCUGGCGCACCCGGGCUGCCAAAUCAAAUCCGCAAGGCCUCGGGGCCUGGCGAGCUGGACGGGCGUUGCCCAGGUGUAAAGCGGGGGGGCGGGCAGACCCGUCAGGUGUCUGAUCGGGUAUCUGUCUGCGGAUCGGCUUGCCAUGGCCUGGGGUCCAGGAGUGACGCUUGGCUCUUGUACAGCACUCUCCAGCCCCUGAGCUCAAAGGGCAGAUUGCAAGAAGACCCUCCUGUGGGUGUCAGUGGUGCGCCAUCUGAGAAUAACAUUAUGCAAUGGAAUGCAGUUAUAUUUGGGCCAGAAGGUACCCCUUUUGAGGAUGGUACUUUUAAACUAAUAAUAGAAUUUUCAGAAGAAUACCCAAAUAAGCCUCCAACUGUUAGAUUUUUAUCAAAAAUGUUUCAUCCGAAUGUUUAUGCGGAUGGUAGCAUAUGUUUAGACAUCCUUCAGAAUCGCUGGAGUCCAACGUAUGAUGUUUCAUCUAUUUUAACUUCAAUUCAGUCUCUGCUUGAUGAACCUAAUCCAAACAGUCCUGCAAACAGUCAGGCAGCACAACUUUAUCAGGAAAACAAACGUGAAUAUGAGAAAAGAGUUUCAGCUAUUGUUGAGCAAAGCUGGAACGAUUCAUAAUAGAUGACUACUUUGUUAAUCUUCCUCUUCAUAAUCAUUGUGUCCAAUUUAACACUCAGUAGAAAGGCUACCAGAAAUUUUAAGUGCCACAAGUUCUAAGGAUUUGCAUACAAACAUGUUUGCAAAAAAAUUAAGCCCUUCAGUUUAGAAACUUUAAAAGCUUGUGUAUCUUGAUUAAUGUACUUUUUAUUGCAUGGUAUGAACUAAGUUAUUGCUACAUAAAUUUGUAAUAUAUCCUGUUUGUAUUUUUUUUUCCAAGUGUAUAAUGUUGAUGUGGAGUUUUCAUGAAAGAAUAUACACAUUUUGUAAAUCUGUACUUUUUCAAAUAUUGAAUGCCUUAUUUUUGAAUUCUUUAGAUUUUUAAAUUGGAGAAAAGCACUUAAAGUUUUUAUAUAUAAAUAUUACAUGUAAAACUGUUAAAUACAUAACCUCAGUGCAAGAC